AUGCACAUCCGCACUCUUGGAGACUAUGUCCAAGACUUCCUGAAAUUGCUGACACUAGAGCUAAGAAAUGCAUCGACAACCACAACUGUUAUAGACAAUAAAAAUGGAUCUGUGCCCAAGUCCCCUGGAAAAGUGCUGAAGAGGACAGUCACAGAAGACAUAGUGACAACCUUCAGCUCCCCAGCAGCCUGGCUCCUGGUCAUUGCACUCAUCAUCACAUGGUCAGCCGUAGCUGUUGUCAUGUUUGAUUUAGUGGAUUACAAAAACUUUUCAGCAAGCUCCAUUGCCAGGAUUGGGUCAGAUCCUCUCAAACUUGUACAUGAUGCUGUGGAGGAAACCACAGACUGGGUCUAUGGCUUCUUUUCUUUGUUGUCUGACAUCAUCUCAUCUGAGGCUGAUGAUGAAGAUGAUGAUGUGGAAGAGGACAUUGAUAAAGGAGAAAUAGAAGAGCCUCCCUUGAAAAAAAAAGAAAUACAUAAAGUAAAGACUGAAAAGCCAGAGAAACCUGAAAGGAAAAUACAAACUAAAGUUGCACACAAAGAAAAAGAAAAAGAAAAGACAAAAGAAAAACCUAUGAAGAAAGCAACCCACAAAGAGAAAAUUGAGAAAAAAGAAAAACCAGAAAUGAAGACAACACAAGAAGAGAAGAAAGCUAAGGCUAAAGAAAAGACUGAAGAAAAGACUAAGAAAGAAGUGAAAGGUGGCAAACAGGAGAAAGGGAAGCAAGCAGCUGCAAAAGUCAAGGAAGUACCAAAAACUCCACCAAAAGCUAAAGAGAAAGAAGAUAAAGAGGCUGCAGCUGUGUCAAAGCAUGAUCAGAAAGAUCAGUAUGCAUUCUGUCGAUAUAUGAUUGACAUGUUUGUCCAUGGGGAUUUAAAACCAGGUAUUCCAAAUAAGUCUUGUGAUUGUCUGUUUUAA